CGAUUUUUGUACGGAUCGGCCAGCAGGCUAAGGGCUGCCUGAUUUUGCUCGUGUUUGCGUUGUCUCAGAAUCUGUGGACACGUCGUAUGCGUAUAAAACAGACGUUCUCUGGAAGCGAGAGAAAUCGAGCAACGAGAGUGGGAGAGAAAUGGAACAGGAGGGUGGGGAAGAGAGGCCUAGGUUCUUCGUGGCGGUACACGUUGGGGCUGGAUACCUCUCACCCGUGAACCACAAGGCCUACAGGCGAGCCAUGAAACGCGCCUGCCUCGCAGCCGCGGCCGUCCUAUCCCAGGUUGGAGGUUGUUGCAUUGAUGCUGUUUCAGCUGCUAUUAAGGUGUUGGAGGAUGAACCAUGCACAAAUGCUGGGCGAGGAUCAAAUUUAACUGUGGAUGGUCAUGUAGAAUGUGAUGCUAGUAUUAUGGAGGGGGAUUCUGGAGCAUUUGGAGCUGUUGGAGCAGUGUCAGGUGUGCGAAAUGCUAUCCAAAUAGCUGCUACUUUAGCCAAAGAAAGCAUGAUGGGCCCUUGUUUGCUUGGUCGAAUACCUCCCAUCAAUAGGUUUUUGGUUGGUGAUGGGGCUCGGGAAUGGGCAAAGUCCAAGGGGAUGAUUCCACCAGGGAUGAUUGAAGAGAUUGGUGCGUGGAUGAUCACUGAGAAGGCAAAAGCGCAGUGGUUGAAAUACAAAGCCAUGCUUGCUGAUGCCAAAGCAAUUGAAGAUGCUUCUACUGGAAAACUUUCAGCUUCAAAGGUCCAGAUGGCCAUGACUUCAGGCACUUGCUCUACAGAAGAGAAGCAACAAUCUACUGGUUCUUUUGAAGAUGGUUCUGUUAUGGAUACUGUUGGAGCUGUUUGCAUAGACAAUUUAGGUCGCAUUGCUUCUGGAGCAUCAAGUGGUGGCAUUGCAUUAAAGGUUAGUGGGCGUGUUGGAUUAGCUGCAAUGUAUGGAUGUGGAUGUUGGGCUACUUCAAGAGAUCCGUUUGGAGUUCCAUGCCUAGUUGGUUGUUGUGUAACUGGUGCAGGUGAACAUUUGAUCAGAGGAUUUGCUGCACGUGAAUGUUGUGUUUCAUCAUCACUAUCUCCUGCUGGUCCUGCCUCUGCUUGUAACAAAGUUCUGCGAUCUGUCUCCAAGGGCUACAAUGACCACAGUACAAAUGGUGCUGGGGUGCUGCUUUUGCAGGGUGAUACUAUGAAGAUUGAGUCAACUGAUUUACCAAAACUGAAAGCUGUCGAGCUCAUUGCUGCUUAUUCUUCACCAUCAUUUGGAAUAGGUUAUUUUGGAAGCUCAAUGGAUCAACCAAAGGUUACAAUUCUUAGCGGGGAUGCAAAAAGUUCAGUUAUCAACCAAUUUGGGGCACGUUUUGAUCUCAGUGCUGGGGAGUCCUGAUUGAUUAUUUUCAGGUGCCUCGGAUAGGACAUUAGUAGUAGAGGUGUUCAUGAAUUUUAUGCAUCUCCAUGAACAUGGCAUAUUUAUGUUCGUUUUGGUGCGUCAAGGGAACUCUGAUUUGCUGAAUUUUCUUUGGUGCUAGAUGAUAGACUUAGAUUUCCUACAAGUUUGCAAAUUAUUAACAAGUUUUUGUGGUCAUUAUUUGCCUGUGAAAUCUUAUUACGUUUCAAGA